AGCUUUGGAGGGGGAAUGGAGAGAGGGGGUGGGGAUCAGGCAGAAACACUACACCCACCACGUCAGUGUGUGGAGAUACAACAGCAACAAUGUGGUCACUCUGGCUACUACUGAGUCUCCAUGGCAGCAGGGAUUUGAAUUCAUGACAAUAUUUUGGGAGUUCCCCAAACAUCUGUAGGUGAGUCAGUGAGCUUCCUCUGAGUACUCAUGGAUAUAAUGGCCUAAAUAGACAGAGUGACAAAGACAUAGCUAGAACAUGAAAAACAAAUACUCCACCACAAAGUUGUUGAAAUAGUGGCUUUUGGGUAAUUGCAUGCAUGUGAGACAGAGAGAGAGAGAGCAACGGAGGGAGAGAGAUAGAAAAAAGGAGCGAGAGAUUUGGGUGGGGUGUGGACUUGAGGAAAAGAGGGAGGGAGGGAAGUGGGUGGAGGUGUGGUUGUAAGUGUUUGUGCGUUCCUUGGCGGCGAAGGCUGAGUCUGACAUUUGGAACGUAGGGAGCAGAAGGAAUUGGGCUUCAACAGAAAGGCUACCAUCAAAAAUCAUCAUGUUGGUUCUUCUAGCCGGAAUCUUCCUCCUUCACCUCACCAGCAUCAUCCUCCUCCUAGUGGCAACUAUCGACAAUGCCUGGUGGAUGACAAAAACCGUGUCCACUGAUGUGUGGGCAAGGUGGAUACUGACCAAUGGAACCUGGAGCUCCAACGAUCUCCCCGGCCAGUACCCUCAAGAAUACCUCCAGGCAGUGCAGGCUAGCUCCAUCCUGGCCUGCAUAUUCUCUUCCCUUGGCCUGUUUGUGUUUGUGGGACAGCUCUUCACUCUGUCAAAGGGACAGAGAUUCACCUUCUCUGGCAUCUUCCAGCUCCUAGCCUGCCUGUGCAUCAUGAUCGCUGCCUCCAUCUACACAGACAUCUUUCACAAGAAUGAAUCGAAUGGUUGGUAUGGCCACUCCUUCAUUCUGGCCUGGAUCUCCUUUGCGUUCACCUUCAUCUCCAGUAUAAUCUACUUUGUCCUGCGAAAGAAGACAGCAAACUAGAAGCAGAAGACUAGCCCAAGGGACAGGCUCAAUAUCUUACGAUCUGAUCGUUUUUUGUACAAUUAGGUAUGGAUAUGAGUGUGGGAUACAAAAGGGGAGAGUUGUUAUCCACAGAUUUUCAUCCAUGUAUCUUUGGUUCCCACUGAAGUGUGUCUAAACAUAUGGAUUUACAUCGUUAUAACCUACCUGUCCUGCCAACAUAGUAAUAACCUACCUGUCCUGCCCACAUAGUAAUAACCCUACCUGUCCUGCCCACAUAGUAAUAACCUACCUGUCCUGCCCACAUAGUAAUAACCUACCUGUCCUGCCCACAUAGU